CUGCCUCCUUCCCACAGUCGCAAUCGCGCCAUUGCCCGUUCCUCGCCAAAUGACCAAAAUGCCCUCGGAUGUCAAAAUGACCGAAAUGCCCUUAUUGUCCACACCAGCCACCCCCAACAAAAUCCCACUGCAAAGGAUGACGAAGUCAUAAUCAGAUGGAGAGCUCCUCUCGUCUCUCCCCAUUCCUACUCCCACGCUGCGUACCAAACCCUAGAUCUCAAAUCUCCAAACCCUAACCCAAGAUUCUCCAUCUCUCUCUCAUGACAUCUUCUUCCCAAACCCUAGCGGGCCCUUCCCGCCCUGGCCGCUUCCUGGGCCCAUCCCUCGACAAGAUCAUCAAGAACGUUGCUUGGCGCAAGCACUCCGCCCUCGUCUCCGCUUCCAAAUCCGCCCUUGAUCUCCUCGCCACCCUGUCCGAUUCCCCCUAUCCAAUCCCCUCCUCUUCGAUCCCUUACAUCUCCCCCGCUGAUGCUAAUGCCCUCCUCCACCCUCUCAUCCUGGCCAUCGAAUCGGCGUCCCCCAAGAUCACCGAGCCCGCUCUUGAUUGUACACAGAAGCUCAUCUCCCAUGGCCUCAUUCGCUGCGAGAUCGCCCCCGUGGACCCUGCUGAUGCUGGCUCAUCCAAUGUGGCCUCCCGCCUCCUUGACUCCAUCUGCCGCUGUGGCGGUGUUGGCGACGACGCAGUUGAGCUUGCCAUCAUCCGUGCCCUGCUCUCCGCUGUUCGGUCCCCAUCGCUGCUGAUUCGUGGGGAGUGUCUAGUCCAGAUCGUCAAGAGCUGCUACAAUGUGUACCUCGGCAGCCUCAGCGGGACUAACCAGAUCUCUGCGAAGGCGGCCCUGGCACAGAUCGUGGCGAUUGUCUGUGCGAGGGUCGAGGCUGAUUCGAUGGUUGCCGAGAUCCGGACUAUCUCAGUCGCUGAAUUGCUGGAGCUCUCGGAUAAGGGGUUAAAUGAGCCAAGCUUUGUUCAGUCUGUGCAGAAUUUCAUCAGUGAGGCAGUUGAUGGAUAUGAAGGGGAUCCCAUCAUUUUGAAUUCAAGCCCACAGUCAGAACCACGGGACGGCUGUAAUUCAGGUGUGAAUGGGACGGGUGAAUGUGGCAAUGGGGAGUCAAAUGAUGGGGGCGAUUUGGGUGGUGGGAGUACAAUUAGGGAAGAUGGGUUCUUUCUGUUCAAGAAUCUCUGCAAGUUUUCGAUGAAGUUCUCAACGCAGGAGAAUCCGGAAGACCAUCUGAUCUUAAGAGGGAAGGUUCUGUCCCUGGAGCUACUGAGGGUUGCAAUUGAUAAUGCUGGUUUAUUAUGGCGCACCAACGAGAGGUUUCUUGGUGCUAUCAAGCAAUAUCUCUGCUUAUCAUUGUUGAAGAAUAGUGCAUUGUCGGCAAUGAGUAUUUUUCAACUUCUGUGUUCUAUUUUCAUGAGCUUGUUGUCAAAGUUUAGAUCAGGAUUGAAGGCAGAAGUUGGGAUUUUUUUCCCCAUGCUUAUUCUCCGAGUUCUUGAAAAUGUGCUUCAGCCUAGUUUUUUGCAGAAAAUGACAGUUCUCAACUUGCUGGAAAAGAUCUGUCAGGAUUCACAACUAAUCAUCGACAUUUUUGUGAACUAUGAUUGUGAUGUGGAUUCACCAAAUAUUUUUGAGAGGACCGUCAAUGGCCUUCUAAAGACCGCAUUAGGUGUGCCUCCUGGUUCCACCACAACGUUGUCUCCAGCCCAGGAUACAACAUUCCGGAUUGAAUCUGUUAAGUGCUUGGUUGCUAUCAUUAAGACAAUGGGGGCUUGGAUGGACCAACAACUGCGGAUUGCAGACUACUAUCCAUCAAAAAACCUUGAAAUUGAUAUGUCUUCCGAGAACCAAUAUGCUGUUAAUGGGGAAGAAGGUACUGCCAACGAUUAUGAGUUACAUGCUGAAGGAAAUUCUGAGCUAUCAGAAGCUGCCACGCUUGAACAACGGCGAGCUUACAAAAUAGAAUUUCAGAAAGGUAUUUCACUAUUCAAUAGGAAACCAUCCAAGGGCAUUGAAUUUCUAAUAAAUGCCAAGAAAAUUGGUAGUUCUCCUGAAGAAGUGGCUGUGUUUCUGAAAAACACCACUGGUCUGAAUGAAACAAUGAUUGGAGACUAUUUAGGUGAAAGGGAGGAAUUCCCUUUGAAAGUUAUGCAUGCAUAUGUGGACUCGUUAAAUUGUGAAGGGAUGGACUUCGGCCAAGCCAUUAGGUUUUUCUUACGGGGCUUCAGGUUGCCUGGUGAGGCACAGAAGAUUGACCGUAUCAUGGAAAAGUUUGCAGAACGUUACUGUAAAUGCAACCCGAGUUCUUUUUCCAGUGCAGACACUGCCUAUGUUCUUGCUUAUUCUGUGAUAAUGCUCAACACAGAUGCACAUAAUAACAUGGUCAAAGACAAGAUGUCAAAGGCUGAUUUCAUUCGUAAUAAUCGAGGGAUUGAUGAUGGUAAAGAUUUACCGGAAGAGUAUCUGGGUUCCUUGUAUGAUCAGAUCGUGAAAAAUGAAAUAAAAAUGAAUGCAGAGUCUUCAGCUCAAGAGAGCAAACAGGCCAACAGUAUCAAUAAGCUAUUGGGCCUCGAUAAUAUACUCAAUUUAGUCACUUGGAAACAGGAAGAGGAAAAAGCAUUAGGUGCUAAUGGUGUACUAAUAAAGCACAUACAAGAGCAGUUUAAAGCAAAGAAAGGCAAAUCAGAGUCUGUUUUCUAUGCUGUUACGGAUGCAGCCAUACUGAGAUUUAUGGUGGAGGUUUGCUGGGCUCCCAUGCUGGCUGCAUUUAGUAUGACUCUUGAUCAAAGUGAUGACACAGCUGCUACAUUUCAGUGCUUGCAGGGCUUCCACUAUGCUGUGCAUGUCACUUCAGUAAUGUGCAUGCAAACACAAAGGGAUGCUUUUGUUACAACUGUGGCCAAAUUUACGUACCUCCAUUGUGCUGCUGACAUGAAGCAAAAGAAUGUUGACGCUGUGAAGACCAUUAUGACCAUUGCCAUUGAAGAUGGUAACUACCUACAGGAAUCCUGGGAGCACAUAUUAACGUGCCUUUCGCGGUUUGAGCAUCUACAACUGCUGGGAGAGGGUGCUCCACCCGAUGCUUCCUUCUUCGCAAUACCUCGCUCUGACGCAGAUGAAAAACCACAGAAAUCACCAGUUUUUCCAUCCAUAAAGAAAAAAGGAAAUGCUCUUCAAAGCCCAGCUGUAAUGGCUGUCGUUCGAGGAGGCUCUUAUGAUAGUACUACUGUUGGAGUUAAUGCCUCAGGGCUGGUUACUCCUGAACAGAUCAAUAAUUUUAUUUCCAACUUGAAUCUGCUAGACCAGAUUGGGAAUUUUGAGCUUAACCACAUAUUUGCUCAUAGCCAAAGGUUGAACAGUGAGGCCAUAGUAGCUUUUGUGAAGGCUCUUUGCAAGGUUUCCAUGGCAGAGUUGCAAUCUCCAACCGAUCCUCGUGUUUUCAGCCUUACAAAAAUUGUUGAAAUUGCGCAUUAUAAUAUGAACCGCAUCAGAUUGGUGUGGACUCGCAUAUGGAAUGUUCUUUCUGACUUCUUUGUCUCAGUUGGAUUAUCAGAAAAUCUCUCUGUUGCAAUAUUCGUGAUGGAUUCAUUGCGACAGCUGGCUAUGAAAUUUUUGGAGCGUGAGGAGCUGUCAAAUUAUAAUUUCCAGAAUGAAUUUUUGAGACCUUUUGUGAUUGUUAUGCAGAAAAGCGGCUCUGCUGAAAUUAGGGAAUUGAUUGUUCGAUGCAUUUCUCAGAUGGUUCUGAGUCGUGUCAAUAAUGUAAAAUCAGGCUGGAAAAGUGUCUUCAUGGUUUUCACUACUGCAGCUGCUGAUGAACGCAAGAAUAUUGUCUUGUUGGCUUUUGAGACCAUGGAAAAAAUAGUUCGAGAUUAUUUUCCCUACAUAACUGAGACAGAGACUACAACCUUCACUGACUGUGUUAGAUGUCUCAUUACCUUCACAAAUAGCAGAUUCAAUAGUGAUGUCAGCCUCAAUGCUAUUGCAUUCCUUAGAUUCUGUGCUGUUAAGCUUGCUGAAGGAGGAGUGGUUUUCUAUGAAAAGAACAAUGAAAGCGGGUCAUCGAUAUCAGUAGAUGGGGAUGGUUCAGAUGGACAUACUUUUACAGAUAAAGAUGAUCAUGUCUACUUUUGGGUGCCAUUGCUCACAGGAUUAUCAAAACUAACAACAGAUCCCAGACCGGCGAUUAGAAGAAGUUCUUUGGAAGUGCUUUUUAAUAUUUUAAAGGAUCAUGGACAUCUUUUCUCCCGCACAUUCUGGAUAGGUGUUUACAGAUCUGUUAUUUUCCCUAUAUUCAAUAAAGAACAACAAAUGAAGAGACGCGUAGAUUUGAAUGGUGGCCAGCUUUCACCUGAUCGUGACUCCUCAGGAAAUGAGGAAAAUUCUUGGAGUUCCGAAACGUAUGUGGUGGCAGCACAAUGUCUGGUGGACAUAUUUGUUAGUUUCUUUGAUGUUGUGCGGUCGCAGCUACCAAAUGUUGUUUCAGUUCUCACAAAUCUUAUAGGAAAUUCAAAUCAGAGCACAGCUAGCACAGGGGUAGCUGCGUUGUUGCGUUUGACAGGAAACCUUGGCAGCAAACUUUUAGAAGAAGAAUGGAACCAGAUUUUUCUAUCACUUAAGGAUUCGGCCGCAUCGACAUUGCCCGAAUUUUUGAAGGUUAUGAGAAUCAUGGAUAAUAUUGAUAUACCUGUUGUUGCUCAAGCAUAUUCAGAUGCAGAAUUAUAUUCAGAUCAUGGAUUUGAUUGUGACGAUGUGGAGGAUGACAGUCUGCAAGCAGCUUCUUAUGUAGUUGGCAGAAUGAAAGGUCAUAUAGCCGUGCAAUUACUCAUUAUACAGGUUAUAACAGAGCUUUAUAGGACACACCAACACUCCUUAUCAGCAGCCAACAUAAAAAUCCUUCUGGAGAUAUUUUCAUCAGUUGCAUCCCAUGCGCAUGAACUGAAUUCGGAGUCCAUCCUACAGAGGAAGCUGCAGAGAGUAUGUUCCGUCUUUGAGAUCUCGGAGCCACCUGUGGUGCACUUUGAGAAUGAGUCGCACCAAAGCUACCUGAACUUCAUCCAAGCUCUCGUUAAAGAAAGCCCAUCUCUGUUCGCAGAGAUGGGAAUGGAAUCUCAACUCGUAGCACUCUGUGAAAAGAUCCUGCAGAUGUACCUGAACUGUGCGGCACAGCAUCUCCCAGCCAACCAGCUGACCCUGCAUUGGGUACUCCCAUUAGGGUCUGCGAAGAAGGAAGAAUUGGCAGCGCGGACUCCUUUAGUUGUGUUAGCAUUAGAGGUAUUGGCAAGUGUGGAAAAGGAUUCAUUCAGGAGACAUUUGUCGCACUUCUUCCCGUUGUUAGUGAAUCUCAUACGCUGUGAGCACAGCUCAGGAGAGGUGCAGCGCAUUCUAAGUAACAUGUUCCUGUCAUGUAUAGGCCCGAUAAUAAUGGAUUUGUGAUACAUGCCUCCCAAUCCUGAAAUGCAUUUAUUUUUCUUCGCCAAUCUCCCUCCAUGUUUUGAUCUCCUUCCGUGACUGGAGCAUGAGUCGUGCUUUAUUUUUGUAGAUUAUGCAGGCAAAAGAGGAAGAUGGUUUUCUGUAUAUACAAUCAUUGAGCGAUAUAUGUUUGUGUUUUUUUU